AAAACGCUGCUGCGGCGACGGAGGCAAUGCAAAUAUGCUACAAUUUGUCUUUUCUUCUCUCGCUCCCAGCCCUCUUCUCGGGCGAACAGUCCCGAGCGCAGGGUUUCCUCCCAAUUCCCCCGCAUCUGCAUUCCAAGCGGCUGCUCGGGUGCUCGUCCUUCCCCGGGUCGCGGCGAGCCGUUCUGCGCACCCGCGGCCUCCGGCCUGGGCCUCGGCCACUGCGGUGGGUGGUGCUCACGCCUCCCCCACCUUCCCCCGGGGCCUCCGAGAGCCGCGCGCUGGGCGUGUGUGCGCGCGCGCGCGCGGAUUUGGUAGGGGAAUCUCCUUCGGUGGAAGCUGCUGAGUGUCGCUGGCAGAGAGUAUUCUGGAGCCCAGCAAAAGCCUCCAAAGCACUUGAGCUUCCCGAAAGAAAAACAAAAGACCGAAAAGAAGGGAAGCCCGCUCCCGUAAAGCCCGGGUUUCCAAUAGUCUCGGAUCCGCCCGGAGCUGAGCAGAGGCGCAGUUGGCAGCGGCCCCUGCUCGCGCCCGGACUUGGAAAGACGGUUUUUUUCCCCGCUUCGGGGAGGAGGGAGGUGAGGGACUCGCGGGCGAGAGUUGCACCUGGUCUAGGAGCGUUCAGAGAGGAGAACUCUGGGGAGGAGAGCGGCCCCGGAGCGCGGCAGCCAGCCUCUGACCAUGCCCCGGUGAGGGGGGCGGACUUCGAGGGCAACUUGUCGCGGACUACCUGGGCUUAGCCAGCGAGCUGCGAGCGCCGGGGGCCCGGAACUGUGCGGCGCGGCCCGGCGGGGGGCUAUCGUCUAUGUCUUCUUGGGGCGCCAGGCGGAUCGGGGUCUCGUUUUUGCAGGAAGAACCCGGCGCUGGUGGCUUCGGGUGGCUGCUGCCACCGCGGCUAGUGCUGUUUCCGCCUCUCGUGCGAGGAGCAGAGACCGGCAAUCGGGGAGACCUCCGGGGCAGCGAGGCAUCGGACAUGUGUCAGCACAUCUGGGGCGCACAUCCGUCCAGCCCGAGGGGAGAUUUGCCGGAACAAUUCAAACUGCGAUAUUGAUCUUGGGGGUGACUGUCCCUGGCCGGCUGUCGGGUGGGAGUGCGAGUGUGCGCUCGCUCGCAAGUGUGUGCGUGUUUGUAUGUGUGUGUGCCGUGUCGGGCUCCCCCUUCCCCCCCUGUUUUCCCGUCGAGUGAUGCACUUGGAAUGAGAAUCAGAGGAUGGAAAUAGUCUGGGAGGUGCUUUUUCUUCUUCAAGCCAAUUUCAUCGUCUGCAUAUCAGCUCAACAGAAUUCACCAAAAAUCCAUGAAGGCUGGUGGGCGUACAAGGAGGUGGUCCAGGGAAGCUUUGUUCCAGUUCCUUCUUUCUGGGGAUUGGUGAACUCAGCUUGGAAUCUUUGCUCUGUGGGGAAACGGCAGUCACCGGUCAACAUAGAGACCAGUCACAUGAUCUUCGACCCCUUUCUGACGCCCCUUCGCAUCAACACUGGGGGCAGGAAGGUCAGUGGGACCAUGUACAACACUGGAAGACAUGUGUCCCUGCGCCUGGACAAGGAACACUUGGUUAACAUAUCAGGAGGGCCCAUGACAUACAGCCACCGGCUGGAGGAAAUCCGACUACACUUCGGGAGUGAGGACAGCCAAGGGUCGGAGCACCUCCUCAAUGGACAAGCCUUCUCUGGGGAGGUGCAGCUCAUCCACUAUAACCAUGAGUUAUAUACAAAUGUCACAGAAGCUGCAAAGAGCCCUAAUGGAUUGGUGGUGGUUUCUAUAUUUAUAAAAGUUUCUGAUUCAUCAAACCCAUUUCUUAAUCGAAUGCUCAACAGAGAUACUAUCACAAGAAUAACAUAUAAAAAUGAUGCAUAUUUACUACAGGGACUUAAUAUAGAGGAACUAUAUCCAGAGACCUCUAGUUUCAUUACGUAUGAUGGGUCGAUGACUAUCCCACCCUGCUAUGAGACGGCAAGUUGGAUAAUAAUGAACAAACCUGUCUAUAUAACCAGGAUGCAGAUGCAUUCCUUACGCCUGCUCAGCCAGAAUCAGCCGUCUCAGAUCUUUCUGAGCAUGAGUGACAACUUCAGGCCUGUGCAGCCGCUCAGCAACCGCUGCAUCCGCACCAACAUCAACUUCAGUUUACAGGGGAAGGACUGUCCGAACAACCGAGCCCAGAAGCUUCAGUAUAGAGUAAAUGAAUGGCUCCUCAAGUAGGGAACGAGACCAAGAAGAAUCUCAAGAAGAAAUGCUACAACUGUGAAUUGAUGUAACCUAGAAUGCCCCCUUCUUUCUUCUCUCUCCCUCUCUCCCUCAAGCCUCAUUCACUCUUUGGAUUGGCCCUUUCUUCAUGAAAAGUGUCUGCAAAACCAUGGCAGAGGAACACAUCUCUUCCACACACUCACCGACACACACACACACACACACACACACACAAGCACUCGCACACACAUGUGAACACAUGCAAACAGAUCUACACACAGACACACUCAACAUGGCCUUCAAGAUGGGAAGUCAAGUUUCAGAAAAAACAGGCUCAUUCAUAAGAGGUCUUAGAAGAAAAUAACCAGUUAGCCUGAUUACAAUUUUGAUACUGUUUUCCUGAACUAAUAAAUCUACCCAAUGAGACUUUUCAGCGUUUGUACAUACAAAAUUCUUCCAAAAGAGAGAGAGGAGAAAACACAGCUCCGACAGCAUCAAGCAGACUUUGUUCUUGGCAUCAAGUUAUCUCGGGUGGUGUCCUAGGAUCCUCUGAGGGUGCUGGUGACAGGUGAACCAAGACAAAGUUGGCCAAGGACACUUAUUUCUAGAUUAUGAUUCUUCUGUUUACUCAAAAAAAAUUCAAAAAGCAAAGGACAGACCUUGAAGAGAUACACAUUGUAUAUAUAUCACUGCAGACUAUAAAGAAAUGGAAUUAUUUCCCCUUUGUCGCAUAUCUGUAGUAGGAUUUGCCAAGAUCAUAACUGAUCCAUUUGCUGUUUCUUGUUUUCCAAAGGUCAUACAUUGUGUUUGGUUAUUGUUAACAGCUCAAUAAAUGUGUUUAACAAGUUAAUUUCAUUUUUUCCGCCUUUGGUCUGUUCUCCUUCCUUACAGGUGAAGCCCUGACUCCAUUGCAACUGCAUUCUUUGAUUUCACUUGUUCCUUCAUCUAUGUGUUCUGUUCAUUUGCAGCCAGUUUUGACUGAGUUUGUGGCAAUCAGGAAUGCAUUUGCUAAGCAAGUAUAACUUUAAUUCCACUCCAUGGCUCGAUCAUUCAUACAAAGUGAGCUUCAGCCUGAGAUAGCAGGCGACAGAUUUCUUGCAUUUCAAAACUGCCAUCCCCCUACCCCACUGUGAUGCUCCCUUGAAGGAAUGCACUUUGCCUUGUAAAUUCCUGGGAAGGGGGUGUCUUUUCUCUCCAGGUGCAGCCGGAUCUCACAAAAUACAAACGAAUGCCUUUCUUUCCUUGUUUAUAAUGGUCACUCACUGUGUUUGAUUACUGUCAAGAAACCAAUAAACGUGUUUAACAAGUUA